CAAAACAUUGAAGGGGGAAUCACUUUAGAGUGGCAGUCGGGAAUUGUCGUCUGUGAUUGACCUGUAAAUUGACUAGUCGUGCCAUUUUGAAUUAGUAAUUAGGUCAAAAUGGAAGUGGAUAAACACCUGAGUCCCUUCGUGUAUUGGGCGCAGACUGAUUCGACCAUAACUCUGAGGAUCGAGUUGAGAAAUGUGCAAAGUCCAAAUGUAGAUCUCCAGUCUGACUCUUUAUCCUUCCUUGCUGUUGGGAAUGGAGCACAAGGUGAAAGAAAUUAUGGAUUAAACUUAAGGUUCUACAAAAGCAUUGAUACAGAUGCAAGCAGAUAUCGUGUUCUUGACCGCAAUGUAGAGUUUUCUCUAAAAAAGUAUAACUCAGAAUUUUGGCCAAGACUUCUUGAGGAUGCAAAGAAGCCAGCAUGGUUAAAGAUAGAUUUUGACAAAUGGACCCAUGAAGAAGACUUUUCUGAUGAAGCGCAUGACAUAAUGGAAGACCAUCCUGGACUUUAUGAGAAAAUUCAAGCUGAAGAAUUGGGUUGGCCAGCAAGAAGAGAGAGUGUUAAGAAUAUAUACUUAUUCUUGUACAACCUGUGGCAGUUCGUAGGUUUUAUUUAUAUUGUAUCAGUGCUGACGACAAGGUACAUAAAAGAUGGACCAGAUUCAAUGGAGGGAACAUACGCAGCAGUUGGAUGGAUGAUGAAAAUGUGUUUUACAACACAGUUCUUGGAAAUACUUCAUCCAAUGGUUGGAUAUACAAAAGGAUCUGUAUUUGAACCUCUUGUUCAGGUUGGUGGAAGAGGCAUAAUUUUCUUUUGCCUGAUCGAAGGGGAAGAACGAAUGCAGACAAAGCCAGUGAUAUUCUACUUGUUCAUUGUCUGGUCAUUUAUUGAAAUUGUAAGGUACCCAUAUUAUAUGCUUCGUGUGUACGACAUAAGCAUUGGCUUCCUGACUUGGCUGAGAUAUACUAUUUGGAUCCCAUUAUAUCCACUUGGCUUCAUUUGUGAAGGCAUUGUUAUUCUUAGGGAUAUCCCAUACUUUGAAGAAACUGGGAAGUACUCUGUAGCUUUACCCAACUGGUUUAACUUUAGCUUUCACUUCCCUACUCUUCUGAGAUGCUACCUGCUCUUCUUCUUCUUCCCAGCAAUGUAUAAGAUGAUGAACCACAUGUAUCACUUGAGGAUCAAGAAGAUCGGACCCAAGAGUUGGAAGAAGAAGUUUGCGUAGAGGAUGUUCACAUGGAAUGUGGUACAUAACCCAUUUUAGUAUUAAUGUCAUUUUGUCUUACUGCCAAGGGAUAGUUUGUGUGCAUUUUUUGUGCUGUUUACUAUUUUAACCAUAUCACAUUUAUAUUAAAUGAUGGGGGUUGUCAUGUACAUUGCAGCUUCAGGCUAGGAACAAAGAAAGUGUGGAAAUACGCAUUUUGUUUGUAAGUGGAGAGAAAAGUAUAAUAUGCAUGGAAAUUGUUUCUCUGCAUUUAUGAAGUUUGAAGUUCAAUGGGUGUAUGCGUGGAAUUUCUGUAUUCAUGCCAUUACUGAGUGUCAUCUUGUUUUUGUG